AUGGCUCCUCAAGAGCUGCGGUACGAUGGCCAGACGGUUGUUGUCACGGGCGCUGGCGGUGGUCUUGGUCGCGAAUAUGCCAUCUUCUUCGGCAGUCGCGGCGCGAAUGUCGUCGUGAACGACCUCGGUGGAAGCUUCAAGGGCGAGGGCAAGGGCUCCGGGGCCGCAGAUAAGGUCGUCGACGAGAUCCGCUCCGCAGGCGGCAAGGCCGUCGCCAACUACGACUCGGUCGAGAACGGAGAGAACAUUGUCAAGACGGCGAUUGAUGCGUUCGGUCGCAUCGAUGUCCUGAUCAACAAUGCGGGUAUCCUGCGCGAUGUCAGCUUCAAGAACAUGAAGCAGUCGGAUUGGGACCUCAUCUACAACGUCCACGUCAAGGGAGCGUACAAGUGCGCACACGCUGCAUGGCCAUACUUCAGGAAACAGAAGUACGGAAGGCUCAUCAGCACCGCGUCGGCGGCCGGUCUCUUCGGAUCCUUCGGCCAGACCAACUAUUCUGCUGCCAAACUCGCGCUUGUUGGCUUCACCGAGACACUUGCAAAGGAGGGCCUGAAGUACAACAUCCUCUGCAACGUCAUCGCGCCCAUCGCGGCCAGCCGAAUGACCGAGACUGUUAUGCCCCCUGAUGUCCUCGAGAAGCUGAAGCCCGAGUGGAUCGUUCCGCUCGUUGCCGUCCUUACACACAAGUCGUCCACUGAGACUGGUGCGAUAUUCGAGGCUGGAGGAGGCCACAUUGCCAAGCUGCGCUGGGAGCGAGCCUCUGGUGCUUUGUUGAAGGCUGACGACACCCUGACUCCUGGCGCCGUUGCGGCCAAGUGGAACGAGGUUGUCAACUUCUCCAAGCCCGAGCACCCACAGGGCCCAGCAAACGCUCUUGAGCUGCUCGAGGCGGCCCAGAAGGUCCCCAGCAACCCCAAGGGCGAGGAGCUGGACUUCAAGGGCAAGGUCGCGCUCGUCACUGGUGGAGGUGCUGGCCUUGGUCGCAUCUACUGUCUGCAGCUGGCCAAGCGCGGCGCAAAGGUUGUUGUCAACGACCUUGUCAACCCUGACGAUGUCGUUCAGGAGAUCCAGAAGCUCGGCGGUGAGGCUGUUGGCAACAAGGCCGAUGUGCAGAACGGCGAGGCUGUCGUCAAGACCGCCAUUGAGAAGUACGGCCGCAUCGACAUCCUCAUCAACAACGCUGGUAUCCUCCGCGACAAGGCUUUCGCCAACAUGACCGACGACCAGUGGGACAUCAUCCACAAGGUGCAUCUCCACGGCACUUACUCCUGCACCAAGGCUGCAUGGCCUUUCAUGCUGAAGCAGAAGUAUGGCCGCAUCAUCAACACCACAUCCACCAGUGGCAUCUACGGCAACUUCGGCCAGGCCAACUACGCCUCAGCCAAGUGCGGUAUCCUCGGAUUCUCAAAGUCCCUCGCCCUCGAGGGCAAGAAGAACAACAUCUUCGUCAACACCGUCGCACCCAAUGCUGGUACUGCCCUCACCCGCACCAUCAUGCCCGAGGAGGUUGUCCAGGCUCUCAAGCCCGACUACAACGCACCUCUCGUCGUCCUUCUCUGCUCCGACAAGGCUCCUGAGCCAACGGGCGGACUAUACGAGAUGGGCUCUGGCUGGUUCGCAGCAACCAGGUGGCAGCGCACCGGAGGCCACGGCUUCCCAGUCGACGUCAAGCUCACCCCCGAGGCCGUUCUCGCACAAUGGGAGCGCAUCACCAACUUCGACGACGGUCGCGCUGAUCACCCCUACGACAACGCCAGCGGCCUCAAAUCCAUCAUGGCAAACAUGGAGAACACCAGCAAGGGCAAGAAGGAGAAGAAGUCUAGCAAGAGCAACGAGGACGUCCUCGAAGCCCAGAAGAAGGCUUUGGCUGGCGAAGCCAGACGACACUUAGACCUCGGAGUGGGCGCAAAGCGUACCGACCUCCCCUUCGUAUACGAGGGCUCCAACGACUUCCAAGUCAUCCCAACCUUUGGUGUCAUUCCUCCCUUCAACGCCGAACCACCCUUCGAAUUUUCCGAGAUCGUCCCCAACUUCGACCCGCGCAUGCUGCUCCACGGUGAGCAAUACCUCGAGAUCCGCAAGUUCCCCAUCCCCACCGAGGCGAAGCUCAUCGCGAUUCCCAAGCUCGUCGAGGUCGUCGACAAGGGCGCUGCUGGGCUGGUCGUGUACGGCUCCGUCACAAAGGAUGCGAAGACCGGCGAGGAUAUCUUCUACAACGAGAGCACAGUGUUCAUCCGUGGCUCAGGAAACUUUGGCGGACAAAAGAAGGGCGCAGACCGUGGUGCAGCAACCAAGAUCCACACACCGCCUAAGCGCGAGCCCGACGUCGUUGUCGAGGAGAAGACUUCGGAGGAGCAAGCUGCCCUCUACCGUCUCACCGGCGACCUUAACCCUCUGCACAUCGACCCGCAAUUCAGCAAGGCUGGCGGCUUCCCUACUCCUAUUCUUCACGGUCUAUGCAGCUUCGGUAUCAGCGGAAAGCACGUGUUGCAGAAGUUUGGACCUUUCAAGAACAUCAAGGUCCGCUUCGCGGGCGUUGUGCUUCCUGGCCAGACGCUCAUCACUGAGAUGUGGAAGACUGGAAACACCGUCAUGUUCCAGACAAAGGUCAAGGAGACUGGCAAGUUGGCGAUUAGCGGGGCCGGCGCUGAGCUGUUGGGCGGCGCAAGCAAGUUGUAAACGUGUGUUGUAAGUGCAUCGACCUUGUUGUUUGAUAUAGGCGUUUAAGAAAGCCUUUUUGUAAAUAUGUAGUGUUAUGAUAUCAGAGUAUCUUGUUCCUUCAA